GGACAGAUGCUUACCGAUAAAUGUAAUUAAUUAUUCUAACCACAAUAACACAAUUUAUUAUUUAUUUUCGUAUGCUAUUGUUAUCUAUAUUAAAUGUGUGUCAAUCUACCAUGACCAAUACUUAAUUGAAUUUAUCGUUACAAAAUUUCCCAGCCUAAUAUCAAAUUUUUACGUCUUCUAGUUCAGUUUUUAAAUCAAAAAAUAUAUGCGUAUUUAUUUCAGAAAGUAAUUUCUGUUUUCAUGUAAAUAAAUUCAUUCGAUUAUUUCUUACACUUUACCAUCGCUUUUAUGGACUGAUUGAUUUUUAAUAAACAAUUAAAUUAAAGGCUUUACCGAUAUGUCAACGUUUGCUGAUAAAAUUGAUGGAUCCAAGUCCCUGUUGUCAUUUGAAAGUGACAGUAAUCAAACUCUACUGAUAAACAAAUGCAUUCCUGAAGAAUUAUUGGGAGCAUUGUUGUGUUACGUCGACUAUAAGUCGCUUUUGAACUGUCAGCUGGUCUGCAAAAGGUGGAAAGAGCUGAUCCAGAAGUAUGUUUGGAGAAAGAAAGCUGAGCUGAAUGUCGGACAUUCUCUCCAGUGUCUGAGCGGCAUGCCCUGGACAGUUUACUACAAAAUCUGCAAAAAAAAUCCUUUUGAUCGCAACCUGAUCAAGAAUAACUCCGGUCAAGAAGGUCUGGACAAGCACUGGGUCAUCACGAAACAAGGAGGAGAUAAUUGGCUUGUUGAGAGUCCGCCUUCUGGAGUUCCACCUCUUCCAGAUCACCCCGUCUUCGAAGGCAAGAGUUCUUGCUUCGUUACCUCUUAUCAUCUUUGCAAAAAACAACAAACUGUUGACCUUAUUGAUGAAGGAUUGUCUCCUAUUCUUCUGGACACUCUGCAACCUCCUAUUCAGGUGGGCGAGUGGUUCAGCUCUCGAUGGGAUUGUCCAGCUAAAUACGAGUGUAUGGUAUCGCUACUUGAUAAAGAUGACAAAGAGUUAAAACUUUAUAGAUUCAGAGAAAAUCUAAAGGAUGACAAACAAAUGGAAUGGUUGCACUUUAACUAUGAGUUUACAAAUUAUGGACCCGGUGUCAGAAAAGUUAUCUUCAAGCACGGAGGUAAAGAUAGUUUGUAUUGGGCUGGACAUUACGGCAGUAAAAUGGCUGGAGCUUCAGUUAUUGUUAAACUAGACUCGAAAAAAUUUGCUAAUGUCUCGAAGAAAAGAAGAUUCGUCAGUAAAAUUAAAGACUUUAACUUUCAAUGUCUGUCAUCUGGAGACAAUGGCUCAGUAUUAUCAGGCAAAUAUAUCCCUGAUGAUUUGUUAGGAGAAUUAUUGUGUUACGUUGACUACAAGUCACUUCUAAACUGCCAGCUGGUUUGCCAAAAAUGGAAACUGCUGAUACGUGAAUGCGUAUUACGAAAAAAGGCGGAAUUGAUAUUCGGACAGUCCCUCAAGAGCUUAACUAACGUAGACAAGCACUGGAUUAUUUACUAUAAUGUCUGCAAGAAGGACCCAUUUGGCAGGAAUCUACUGAAGAAUAAUUCCGGACAAGAUGGACUUGACAAGCACUGGGUUAUCACCCAGCAGGGCGAAGACAACGAUUGGAGAGUUGAGAGUCCACCCGUUGGUGUCCCAUCUUUGCCAAACGAUCCAAUUUUAGAAGGAAUAAAUAUUUGUUUUGCUUCGUCUCUUGAUGUCUGUACGAAGCAGCAACUCGUUGAUUUGAUUGACGCAGGUCUGUCUGCUGUUAUUUUAGAUACAUUCCAACCGCCUAUCCAGGUUGGUGAGUGGUAUGGCUGCCGAUUGAAUUGUCCUGUUUACUAUGGAUGCGUCGUAAAACUCCUAGAUGACAACAAUACAGAAUUGAUGGUUUAUAGAUUCGAAGAUGAUCUAGCGGAUAAUGAUGUCCAAAAUAAAUGGCUGCAUUUUGAUUACGAGUUCAAAAGUUACGGCCCUGGCGUCAGGAAAGUAUUAUUCGAGCACACCGGAGCAGCUACUUCAUUCUGGACCAGACAUUACGGCUGUAAAAUGGCUGGAGCUUCAGUAAUUGUUAAGAUAUGAAUAAGAUUAUAUUUUAAAAGACCGGAAAUCAAUUAUUGAAUUAAUUCCUUAAAUAUAUUUGUACUUAAAAAAUUUGUUAUCAAACAGUUACUUGCUGGCAAGUGAUUUUUUUUCCUGCUCAAUAUUUUGGUACUCUAUUAUAUUGAUAACUUUGUACGUGAUUGAUGUUUAAUAAAUA